GCGAACGGAGAGUCGUCGCUGCUGAGGACCGGUGCCCUUUGACGGCCUUGGCUGACCUGGGACCCUGCCGCAGAGUGCACCCUGCCACGGGCCCCCAGCUCAGCCAUGCUGGCCUGUCUACAGAGGACCCAGAACCCCCCGGGCCAACACCUGGCCUGCCCAAGCAAGAGCCUGGAGCUGCGCAAGUGUGAGACGGUGGUGAGCUCCAUGCAUUCCUCCCGCUACCCGAGCCCGGCAGAGCUGGACGCCUACGCUGAGAAGGUGGCCAACAGCCCGCUGUCCAUCAAGAUCUUCCCCACCAACAUCCGCGUGCCCCAGCACAAGCACCUCAGCCGCACUGUCAACGGCUACGACACCAGCGGCCAGCGCUACAGCCCCUACCCGCCGCAUGCUGCCGGCUACCAGGGCCUGCUGGCCAUCGUCAAGGCUGCCGUCUCCUCCUCUGGCGUGGCUGCACCCGCUGGGCCAGCCAAGAGCGUGCUCAAGAGCGCCGAGGGCAAGCGGACCAAGCUGUCUCCGGCCACCGUGCAGGUGGGCAUCGCGCCCUACCCGGCGCCCAGCACUCUGGGGCCCUUGGCCUACCCCAAGCCGCCCGAGGCUCCUGCCCCACCGCCCAGCCUGCCUGCGGCCGCCACCGCCACCUCAGUCAUCCCCCUACCCGGCCGCGGCCUGCCCCUGCCACCGUCCAACCUGCCCUCCAUCCACAGCAUCCUCUACCAGCUCAACCAGCAGUGCCAGGCCCCAGGCGCUGCGCCCACGGCCUGCCAGGGCGUGGCCGUUCCCCACCCCAGCCCGGCCAAGCAUGGCCCGGUGCCCACCUUCCCCAGCAUGGCCUACUCUGCCACUGCUGGUCUGCCCGACUGCCGAAAAGGCACCGAGCUGGGCCAGGGAAGCACGUCGGCCUUGACGCUGGCUGGGACCACCAAGCCCGCAGGGUACGCGGAGGGCGGCCUGGACUACCUGCUGUGGCCGCAGAAGCCACCCCCGCCGCCCCCCCAGCCCCUGCGGGCCUACAGCGGCGGUGCGGUGGCCAGCAAGUCCCCAGAGGCUUGUGGGGGACGGGCCUACGAGCGGGCCACUGGAUCACCCCUCAACUGUGGCAUGGGGCUGCCUGCCAGCUUCCCUGUGGGCCAGUACUUUGCCACCCCCUGGAACAGUGUGCUGGCGACCCCCACCAGCGACUGCUACAACCCGGCGGCUGCGGUGGCGGUCACCGAGCUGGGGCCGGGGGCCGCCCGGGAGCUGGCGGGGCCCCCCGCAGAGGCCCUCUCAGGCCUGCCCAGCAAGAGCAUGUGCAACACGUCGGUGCUGAGCAGCAGCCUGCAGUCGCUGGAGUAUCUCAUCAACGACAUCCGGCCGCCCUGCAUCAAGGAGCAGAUGCUGGGCAAGGGCUACGAGACCGUGGCUGUGCCCCGGCUGCUUGACCACCAGCACGCCCACAUCCGCCUGCCCGUCUACAGAUAAGGCCUGCCCGGCACACGCAUGGACAGACGGACGGGGUGCCGAAGGGGGAGCAGGCCGCAGGGCCCUGCCCCGUGCUUACGUGCCCGCUGAUGCCCACAGGGAAGCCAGGCUGGCUGCUACCAUCCGGCCACCUGUCUGGGAGCGGCAGUGACCCCACUCACAAAGGGCCCCCCCAUCCGCUGCCCCAGGACCCUGGGAGUGCCUGAGGCAGCCGCUGCCUCCACGCCUUCCUCCAUUCAAGCUGGCAGAGACAGGGAGAGAGAAACCACUUACACAUAGGAAUGGCUCCUCCUGCUUUUCCAGGGAAAAGGGGCUGGGGCCAGGGUGGGAUGCAGGAUGGUCUAGAGCCAGACGUCAAGAGCUUCUCCCGACCCCAGGAUGCUGUCUCCUGGGAAAGGAGCAGAGAGGCCUAGAGGAAGUCACUGGCCCACAGCAUCCCCCACCGGCCAGGACAGGUGCAGACCACUCUCACAGAGGCCCCAGGACUGCGGCCCACCUGCUCCUGCCCGAGACCCGCCUCCCGCCCCCCCCUUCCCCACACAGGCCCACACCCCGCUCUGGCCUACCGCCUUCCCCUCUCUGCAGUACGGUUCCCAGGGCUGCUGGGCAUAGCCGUGCAGACGGCACACUGCACAAGGGCCUCUCGCGCAAGGAGACGCCACCUGCACCCUACACGUGUAUUUAUUACAGCAAUUUUCCGAACCUGAGGAAGGGGUGCCAUUUUUCUAUCCGCACAACGGCACCACAGGGGUGACCAACAGGCCUGCGGUCUUAGACCCCGACCCCCGUCAGAGGGGCCUUACUCUGCCUUCUCUGGGAGGUCUCCUCGGAGCCAGCAAGGGGGAACCUCCUGGUUUUCACUGGGCAAUCUGAUCCCAUUCGUGCAAGCUGCACCCCCAAAGCCUGCCCACACCAUCAAGGGGAGGGGGAGGCAGGCAGGACCCUGUUACGUCCCCGAGGCCCACGUUCCCCACGCCCCGGCCCCUCUGGCGCCCCAACAGCGGUACUGUAUCUCUCUCCAAGGCCUGUUCAAGCACUAAGUGCAUUUACAAAUCUCUGAGAAUGUUUUUUUUUUAUACUAAAAUUGACCAUUAUAUUCUACUGUGAGAAGUGCAGU